AUGGAGACAUUUAUUUUUCAAAGUAUUGAACCAAGUAUGGUAUUGAACAACAAACUUGAUCAGGAUCCGUGUGCAUUCGCUGGUUUAAGACAUCUUUAAUAAAGAACGCGUUUGGCUGAAAUAUAAAUCAGCGAGAGUAGACGGAUCCAGCAAAGUCAUCAACCGUUCCAAUGGUCUCGAAUCUCAGACCAACUUUUAACUUACGAAUCAAUAAUUUAAGAAAAAAAUCCUCACUACGAUUUAACAGUACCACAAAUUUCCGGAAGAAUCACCUGGCCGCAGACUGUGUUCAAACCGUUGUCCAAAUUUCUGGUACGAGAUGGAAAAUUGCCCCAAAAAGAGGUACUGCGUCAGCCGUAUCGUCGAUUCUAUUAAAAACAUGGUCGUACGCAAAAAUGCCAACAAGCAGAAGUCCAAUCCGAAAAAAGCCGGGUUGAAGAUUAAAUUGGGCAAAAUAGAAAAUGGCUACCUUCUAGAAUCGGAUUACAAACAGUUAAACAGUUUAUUUGUUCCUGGUAAGCCCAUGUUCGGUUACGAUUAUGACCUGUUGUCACACGUCGAGGUGAGCGGAUUGAAACUAGACAGCGGGCACGAAGUCACGGUUGAAGGAGUUCUGCCGGUAGUAAAACUCAGCCAAACGAGGACAGAUGAAGGAAAAACAAUCAAGAUAAUUCAUAUCAAAGGGAGGUUUUCAAGAAAGUGUCCAUUAGCGCCUAGAGUCCGCUCUGAUAGUUUCAUGAGGGGAACGAGACUGAGAAAAAAUGGAACUCUUUUCAGACCCCCGGUUACAAUAUCGGAAUUGAGAAAUAGAUCGACCGAGCAGAAAGAGGAAGAGAAGAAAAUAAAUGUUCAAUUCACGCAAACGUGCCAGUCCAAUGUGUGCAAAUGCGUGCAAAAUUCACCUGUCAUGGUGGACAAGAGGACAUCCAUGAAUAUCAAAACGGUCCAAAUACCAAAUCAGUAUGAUGAAGAUAAUGAAGGGAGAAACCGAUUUAGAAAGAAAAGGAGACCAACUGGUUCGGCGCUGUCGUCCAACGGAUCUAUAUUUUCAACUACAGAGAAAAAUAAUAGCUUUGGACAGGUGGGCAAGAGAAUAUCACCGAAUAUCAAAAGCAAAAUUCCGGAUCAAUAUGACAAAGUGAUUGAAAUGGCAAAACAAUUUAGAAACAAAAAGAGACCCACUGGCGAAUCGCUGGUGGACAAGAGAACAUCCGUGAAUAACGAAACGGUCCAAAUGCAAAAUCAGUAUGAGGAUGAAUUGAAAAAUCAGUUUAGAAAGAAAAAGUCGUCCAACAUAUCUACAGCUUUCAGUACGGAGAAAAAUAACGAAAGCUUUGACCAGAUGGUGAACAAAUCGUACAUAGAUGCUCAAACGGGAAAGCAUGAGCAAGAUCGAAUUGAAUUGAAAAAAUCUACUCCAAAAUCGGUUAUAAUUUGGGAUGAAGAUUCUAAAAAAAUUGACCCGCAAAACUUGAUGGCAGGAAAUGAAUCCGAAAAAGAAGCAUACUUGAAGAAAGCAAAAUCACACGGAUAUUUCAAUAUGAUAAAGAACCAUUGCAACAUUUCUCAUGAUUGGAUAAAGGAAAGUUCUAAUCUUAACAACACUGACAUGGUUGAAACCAGUAAAAACUCACAUUACUCAAUUAAUUCAAAUUCAGAGUACAAAACGGUAAAUAGUGCAGAAUCUUUGGUAGAUUAUUUAUUGUUUUUUAACAAUAAUUCCCAAGAAUUGGAGAAGGAAGAAAAGGAAGAGAACUCAUUGACCCAAGAGACAAAAAUACAUGAUAAAAUCUUUAAAAAUAUUACAGAGACUUCCUCUCCGCCUAAAUCUAUUACGAUCACAAGAUCGAAGAAAAGAUAUAUCACGUUGUCCAAUGGCGAAGAGUUGGUUGAGAAAACCGGCGAUGAGAUUCUUACAGUUGACACUUCUAAUGGUGAUCAUCAAAUCGUGACAAAAGAGAAUGUGUGCAAAUUUCCUAACAACAUCUUUACCUCUGAUGACUAUUUCAACAAAUCGGAUUUCAGACUGGACGAACAACUGUCAUGGCUGGAAAAACUCACAAAAUAAAAAUACUCAUAUUUCAAA